UUUCGUUUCUUUCAUGCGCGUUGAUGUGUGUUUAAUCGGGGGUGCGAACCCGGUGUUCACAUGUGUGAGGUCAGACUGGUUUGAGCUGUGGUAUUGAUUGGCGUCAGAUGGAAGGAUUUCAUCGAUUUCGAGAAGCGAGCUCAAAAUAUUGACAAGUGGACAUAGCAGGAAUGGCUCCAAGAAAGGCCCCAUCAACCACAGCCACUAAGAAACAGGCUGUUAAGAACAAAGCACAAAAUAAAGGAAAAGCAAACAACACAUCCACACCUCCUGGGAAGCGGGCCCCUCCUACGAAAAAGCCGUCUUCGCAAAACUCAUCACGAUCAAAAAAAGCACCAUCGACACCACCACAGGUAUCAUCUGCCACUGGAAGGCCACGACAGUCUUCGAGGGUAGCCAUCAAGAAGGAGCCUGCUCUGGAAGAUUCCCACACUAAAAAUGGAUCCGUCACUACAGUACAAAUCAAGAAGGAGAAAAAUGUUCCAUCUCCCAAGAAGCCUGCGGCAAAGGUCAAAAGAGAGAUUUCAAAGGUCAAACGAGAACGGCUGCCGUCGGCAGAGAAGGACAACGAGGAGACUCCUCCAAAAAAAAUGGCUUCAAAUAACGCAAGAACAGCAAAAGUAAAAGGUAGCAGAAAACCAGGACAGUGCAAGUUUGUCGGUGCCCACGUUUCAGUAAGUGGUGGUCUAGAACAUGCAGUGACACGUGCAGUUGAGCUUGGAGCCCAAUCAUUUGGCCUGUUUCUUCGCUCACAGCGCCAGUGGGCCUGCAAACCUCUCACUCAGGAGACUGCAAAUCGAUUUCGUGAUGCCUGCCACGAGUACAACUUUGCUCCGCACCAGAUCUUGCCACACGGUUCUUACUUGCUCAACUGCGGCUCCUCUGACCCAGAAGUGUUGCAGAAAAGUCGGGCAACUCUGGUGGAUGAGCUCAAGAGAUGCGAGAUGCUUGGCCUCGUCUAUUAUAACUUCCAUCCUGGCUCAACAUGCGGUGCCAUCUCAGUAGAAGAGUGCAUCGACCGCAUCGCUGAGAGCAUCAACCUUGCCCACAAGGAAACCUCAUAUGUAAUUGCAGUCGUGGAGAACAUGUGCAGGCAGGGCCACACCGUCGGUGGUGACUUCCGAGAGCUGAAGGCCAUCAUUGACAGAGUCAAAGACAAGUCUCGUAUCGGAGUUUGCUUGGACACGUGCCACGCAUUUGCGGCAGGCUACGACCUGUCGAAAGAAGAGGGCUUCGAAGAAAUGAUGUCGGACUUUGACACAAUCAUUGGACUGCCGUACCUGAAAGCCUUGCAUUUAAAUGACUCAAAAGGCAAGUUAGGAUCACACCUCGACCGUCACGAGAACAUCGGAAAAGGUUCUAUUGGACUGGAGGGGUUUCGUCGAAUCAUGAACGACCCAAGGCUGGACCACCUCCCCAUGAUCCUGGAGACUCCAGAGAUGGAUUACGCCAAGGAAAUCGUCCUCCUCUACAGCUUGUAUUCUUAGCACCAGUGCUUACUGCUGCAAGCUUUGUUCACCGAACGUUGGCAUAGUUUGUCACCAGAGUGAUCAACUUUUAACGUGACAAUGUGCAUGAACCCACAGUUAAUGACACAAACUCAACUUAGAGAACAUAUUGCAUCACAAUUUGACUUUGCAGUGAUGUGACCUUUGUUAUCUAUAUGGGUAUAGAUGUUAAUGCUUAUCAGGUUUUAUUUUUGCCAUCGUCGUAACGUUUCCUUUGCGGUGAUAUGUUGCGUUGAAGACGGAAGGAAUUGUGUUGGGUGCCUGUGCACAUGACGUAGUGUUUAGUUGAAGGUUAGCAGCUACCUUGUUUUAUACUCAUCUCAGGGCUUCGAUCGAUCUCACGUGAUUACAGAAAUUGUAAUUGAUAAAUGUAAUAUAAUAUACAUAAACUGUGUGCAUGAUCAAUUUUGUGAUACUUUGAGGCUUUCUUUGAUCUUAUGAAGCCUCACAAGAGCUCAGCAUAUUUUGAAGGAAAGGUAAUGGAAACUUUCUUUAGUAUGCAGAGCUUUCUACCACAUCUGACCUACCUUGACAUGCAUGCCACAUAGUGUGGCACUGCUGUUAACUUGCCCUGAUCUCCUGGAGUCUGAGUUAGGUGACGUUGGCAAAGGUACGUUGAUGGGAUCAUGUGGACAGCACUCCCAGACAUAAAAAAGAAGUGUGGUUUGUAUUUGUUUCAGCUGUUCCAUCGUUAGGGGUUUUGAAAGUAAUCCUUGCCACUCGAAGCAAAAUAAAGAUUGAUCCUCUCACAAGA